AUGAGCACCGCAUUGGGCCCCAGUUCCUUGAAAGACCAUCACCUGGAGUCUCAAUCCAUCUUUCCUAGGCCUCUCCGCCUCCAUUCCUUCCCUCUAAAGCUUGUUCCCUCUGAAGUCAAUCCCCAGUUCCUCGAGUCUUUGUCGAAGUCAAUGAUCGCCAAACAGCAAUCAAUGGCGGGGCGAGGAGAGGAGUCCGAAGGCAGCGGGCACAUCGGCAGGUUGCCGGAGGACUGCAUCUCGCACGUGCUCUCCCUCACGACGCCUCGCGAUUCGUGCCGGGCGGCGCUCGUCUCUGCCGCCUUCCGCUCCGCGGCGAGUUCCGACGCUGUGUGGGAGCGGUUCCUGCCGUCCGAUUACCAGUCGAUCCUGUCGCGGGCCGUUGAUCCGGUCGAGUUCUCUUCGACGAGGGAACUCUAUUUCCGCCUCUGCGACUCCAUUCUCGUCGAUGGCGGCAGGCUGCAGAGCUUUCAAUUGGAAAGAUCAACUGGACGUAAAUGCUACAUGAUAUGUCCAAGAAGCAUGAGAAUUAUAUGGGAGUCCGACCCGCGAUAUUGCAGAUGGAUAUCUCUGCCCGAGUCAAGGUUCGCAGAAGUGGCUGUGCUUCUAGCUGUUUGUUGGUUUGAUAUUGGCGGCAGGAUUGACUGUCAACUACUCUCCCUUAGAACAACCUAUGCUGCUUAUCUCGUCUUCAAAUUCGCCUCUGGGUCAUUUGGACUGGGUCCUCCUCCUCAAUUGGCAUCAGUGAAGCUAGGAGCUUAUGCUUCGGAGAUCAAUGUCUGUUUACAAGAUGAUGGUAACGGAAAUGAUGGUGACGAUCUGGAGGAAGGGCGGCGGCGGCGGCGGCGGCGGCGGCGGCGGCGGCAACGGCGCUUGAGGGAUGAUGGGUGGAUGGAGAUCGAGUUGGGGGAGUUCUACAAUGAUGAAGGCAAUGGCGGUGAUGUUGAAAUGGGGUUGAUGGAGGUGAGAGCGUUGCAUUGGAAGAGUGGGCUUAUCGUCCAGGGCCUCCAAGUAAGGCCCAAAAUUUGACUUGCUUAAAUGCUGUUGUUGCUUCAUACUCUGAAAAUUAAAAACUACUUGUUGUUGCUUCAGAUGCUGGUGUAUAAUGUUAGUAGCUACCAAAACUAUUUCUGGUGGUCUUGUGGACAAUUUGAAUAUUGGAGUUACGAAUAAAUUUGAAUUUAGUUAAUACAAUGGCUUCAACUGGCAAGC